CGGAGAGCAAAAAAUGCUCAAGUCAGUUGAAAAACUUUUUGCAUUGAUAGCACUACUAUCUACGCAGAGACUUACGGACUUCAUAGAAAGCGCAAAAAAUACGGAAGUGAUUCAGUAUUAUGAACAAUUUCAAAAUGUUUCAGUGUUUUUACAUAAGACUGCUACUACUUAUGUUUGCCACGCAGUUGCCACGGAUCGACGCCGUUUUCACGUCGGAGAACUGUAAAACGCUAAGCGCCGACACGAACUGUCAGUGCACCUCAGAACUUGCGCAUUCCGAAAUCGAGUGCGCAUCAGCCGAGACGAAUGGCAAAUUUAACCUACGCAUCGGGCCAGGCAAGAAUGUGAAGAUCGAGUGUGAGGACAUUGCACCCGAAGACUAUGAGAUUUUGCCAAAGUUGAAAAUCGGUUACACCAAAAUCAUGCAAAUCAAGCAAUGUCCACUGCCAAAUGAUGAACAGCCGAUAGCCAAAUUGUUUACGCAACUGGGCAUCGAAAGAGUCAACUAUUUCGCGUAUGCAAUCGACGAAUCCAGCGGCAAUGUUACACAACAACACCUAAGCGGUCUGGAGAAAUUGCAGCAUUUGAGAUUAAGCGUGAAAUCGCAAAAAUGUUUGCCGAGCAAUCUCUUCCAGAACCUAAAAAGCCUCGUAUGGCUGGAUUUGCGCUCAAACAAUUUGACGCUGAGCGAGAGUUUGCUGGAACCGCUGCCAAAUUUGACAUAUCUGGAUUUGGGACACAACUUUUUGGAGCGCUUGCCCGCAGGUGUAUUUAAGAAUCAGCAGAAGUUGCAACACUUGAAUUUGUGGAGCAAUCGUCUGCGUACACUAACGAAGGAAGCGUUCCGCGGUGCAGAGCAGCUGGUGCUUUUGGAUCUCAGUUCGAACGAAAUCGAAACCUUUGAGCAUGAUGUCUUUUCGUUUCUCGGCAGUUUACGGAGCUUGGAUCUAAAUAUGAAUAAAAUACGUGAACUGCCUAGUAGACUAUUUGCAAAGAACAAGCACCUUACGGAAUUCAGGCUCGUAAACAACAAAGUACAGUUGAAAACCUUGCCACCGGCACUAUUCGCGAAUUUGACUUUUCUCGAAGAAGUUCGUUUGAUAUGUGGCUUGGAGCAGGUACCGGCAGAUUUGUUCGCCAACGCCACUAAAUUGACAAAUCUCACGAUGAAAAAUAAUAUGCUGAAAACAUUACCAGAGCACUUUUUCAAGUAUCAGCACAAUCUCUAUGAUCUGGAUUUGUCCAAUAAUCGUUUGGAAAACUUGCCAGAUACGCUGUUCGGUUUUACAACGAAUCUCAUCGAACUCAGGCUAUCACACAAUCAGCUCGUCGAAAUAUCAAGUGAACUUUUUAAACCUUUGGUGAAUCUGGAGCUGCUGCAACUCGAUAGCAAUAACUUGGUCAGCAUCAGCUUUGACGCUUUCCGCGACACGGCAAACCUUAGAUUUCUCAACCUGGCAAAUAACGAGAUCGAUUUCGCCGAUCCGCUAGAUACCACGUCACUGGAUACAACAUCGCUGGAUUCCUUGGACGAAGACUUCGCGUUUGACACCACCUCACCUUUCCGUUUUCUGUUUAAACUGCGCGAACUCAACUUGCGUAAUAACUCAAUAAUGUACCUGCAUAAGGAUUGGCGAACACAACUGCUCGAACUGCGCAAACUCGACCUCAGUUACAACAACAUUAACUUGUUCUCUGAUCGUGAUCUGCGUUUCCUGAGCAAACAUGUUAAGCAUGUUAACCUGUCACACAAUCUCAUAGAGGAAAUCAAUUUCAAUGGCAUCAGCAACAUGGAACUACACGCCGACGCACAUACCAUACUUUUUGACCUUAACGACAACCCACUGCACUGCGACUGCGUACUCUUACACUUCCUCCAAUUCAUAUUCGGCGAGUUGAACGAAAAUGUGGCGAACAAAUUUGAAAUCUUAACCAACAAUUUGCAUUGCGAAGGACCGCCAGCAUUGAAGGAGAAAGAAAUAAUCGAUCUUAGCUACAUGGAGCUCGUAUGUCCACUGGAUGAUCACAACUCGCAAGAGAAGUUGUGUCCGCAAGGUUGUGAGUGCUUGGUACGUCCCGUCGAUUUGAUGUUGAUCAUUAACUGCUCCUAUAGCGACCUCACACGAAUUCCAUUGCUACCUACCGUGCCCAUAUUGAAGGGCAUUGAACUGAUCGUGUCGCAUAAUAGACUGGAGGGCCUGCCACUUAACGUUACUCCCGGUUAUAUCGAUGUUGUGGCGUUACAUGCUGCCGAUAAUCAGCUGCAGGAACUCAAUUUGGACAAUCUACCAAAGAAUUUAGAGUUUUUGGAUGUACGCCACAAUCUAUUGGAAAACUUGAGCGCCGGUGUAUUGAACUUCCUCAACAGCAGCACUAAUAUGCAAGCUGUUUUCCUUACACAAAAUCCGUGGACUUGUGACUGCGAGGUAAAACCGUUGUUGGAGUUCGCACAAAGUGCGGCGGUCCGACGCAAAUUCGCCGAACACGACAUGCAACACUUGAGCUGCGUGGUUAAGUCGUCGAAUUUAACGAGCAGCUUAAGAUUCCGCGAUAUUAGCGUUGGUCAAAUAUGUCCAGCCAAACUGGAUUGGUUCUUCAUAAUUGGUCUGACAAUCGCGAUCAGUAUAUUGACGAUGGGCCUUUGCACUAUAGUUUGUCGCAAAUAUGGAAAUGGAAUGUGUAGGUGUUUCGAUGUCAAAACGGAGGAUGACGACAAAUAUUACGACGCUUUUGUCUCUUAUGCGCCGCUGGAUGAACACUACAUUAUUGAACACCUGAAGCCCGAGCUGGAAAAUGGUCCGAUACAAUAUCGCUUGUGUUUGCCCAGACGUGACUGGAUCGUCGGCGAUUGUUUCACACGGCACCUGGUGCGUUCGGUAAAUGAAUCGCAGCGUACCAUUGUGGUGUUAUCGCAGAAUUUCAUUAAAACCGUGUGGACCGACACGGAAUUCCGCUUGGCGCAUAAAACUGCGUUGAGCUCAAUACAAAACCGCUUGAUAAUCAUAAUCUAUGGCGAAAUCGACGACUUUGAGAGCUUGGAUACUGAACUGAAGAUGUGCCUUCGAGCGAGCACCUACUUAACAUGGGGAGAUGUCAACUUCUGGAAGAAACUGCGCGCUGUUUUGCCGCAAAACACAUGUAUCGAAAAGUUGGAAAAAGAAAUGUCUAAGUUGGAGAUAUGUAUGGCCUAGAGUGUAGCGAGCCAAUAUGAAAUAGCCGAGCGUUCCUGUUGGAUGUGAUAUGUACAGCUGAAGGCUGUAGUCGUUAAGGAUUGGCAGACAAAAUUUCGAUGUAAUAUUGAUACUUUAUAAAAUUACUAAUUUAUAAAAAAAUAUAUAAAAUUAAGCCACCUUUGCGGCAAGAAAAAAUUUCUU